AUGGACACCCCCGCCAGCAUGAACGCCGAUUCUAGUGAACCUGCAAGCCCUCCGGCCACUCCCACGCCCAAACCCAAAGCCAGAGCGGAGUCUGAGCCAAGCCCACUGGAAAGACCAUCAAACCCUCCUACCGAGUACUUUUACCAUGAAUACCGCUUUGGGCCUCGCGAUAUAGACUGGAGCAAGUGGGGCAUCGACCUUUUGAAAUUCCCGACGGUCCGCUCCGACUCUCCGGCCGAGGGAGACGACUAUGACGAGGAAGAAGACGAGGACUGGCUUUCUGAAGAUGAAGAUCUUGAGGAUAACUGCGAGGAAGAAGACGAAAGCUGGCGUGCUGAAAUUUUUGAAGAUGACUGCGAGGCAGAUGGCCGGUCAGACGCCAGCAGUGUAUCCGAGUACGAGGAUGAACCCGAGGACGAGGAAGAGGCACAUUCAUCCAACUUAGACGACCAAGGCGACGACAACGACGGUAUGGGAAGAACCCUCACGGACGCUGAUGUCCGGCAGCUCAAGCGCUUCGCCAUCCUCACCUACCCCGGCAGCCGGUUCAUUGAGCUCCCGCAAUUCAAGCGAUUUCUUACAAAAGUCAGGAGGGAGCAGAUUCUCUGGAUUCUGGGACGGCACUGGGACCUGGAAGCAGCCAGUGCGACGAAAGUGAAAAGAGUAACUACAUUCACAAUCCAACAUCCCGACCCGGCAAAGCAGAAGAUCAUUGCUGCUGCUUGUGGUAAUAGCAUGGAGGAAACUUGGGACCAAGACCCCGACAACGACAACGACAACGACGACGAAAACGAGGAUGACAGUCCCUUUGACGUCCUCCGCAUCCUACGCGCCAAGGACGACGCAACGCUCCGAGAGCUGGUCCGGAACACCUUUACGCAGAUGCACGCGUACGAGACUCUUCGGUACUUCGUUCCAGGCGGCUUCGGGAACGAGGCGUACAUGGCGGAGCUGUAUGGCUCUGCUGUUGUGCUUGGUGGGGAGAAUGGAGAAGGCUUUGGACUGGAUUCUGAGGACUGGUGGGAGAGGGUGUCGUCCAUCCCUGGGGAUUUGCCUAGCAGUGAAGAGGAGGUUGCCGAGCUGCAGAGGGUGUGGUAG